AUGGUCAAAAUCGCAAUCGCAGGCGGUGCUGGAGACGUAGGGCAAGAGUGCAUCGCUGCUCUCCUCGCCAGCAAGAAGCACGAGAUUGUAAUCUUCACGCGCAAGGACGUUCCAGUCGAGACUACCGACUCGCCCGUCAAAUCGGUCAAAGCCAACUACAAAGACCUAGACGAACUAACUAGCCGUCUACAAGGCGUAGACGUGGUUCUUUCUUUCAUCGCGCCGCACGACCUGCAAGAAGGGGUUUCCUUCCAGAAGAACCUCAUCGAUGCCUCGAUCAGGGCCGGGGUAAAGCGUUUCGCGCCCAGCGAAUGGGUCACACGCACCACAGAGCACAUGGAUUGGUACUCGUUCAAAAUCAGCAUCCGCGAAUAUCUGGCCGAGAUCAACAAAAACAAGAAAGUCAUCGAGUACUGUCUUUUCCAGCCGGGUCUCUUUUCCAAUUACUUGACCGUGCCGUACAAGUCAGCCGAGCACCUCACGCCACUUCAUGUCAUGUGGGAUUUCCAGAAUCGUAGGGCCAUCUUGCGAGAAGGUGGAGAUGAUGAUACCAUCACUUUGACCACGGUGCAAGAUCUUGCAGGCGUGGUCGCGCGCGCAGUGGAUUACGAGGGCGAAUGGCCGGUCGUAGGUGGCAUCCGAGGCUCGCGCAUCUCAGUCAAGGAGCUCAUUGCUCUCGGGGAAGAGCUAAGAGGUUAG